AUGUUAAGAUCGAGAAGGCCUACCAGUGAACCCAAAGAUGAUUUGUCACAAGGUGAUGGGAAUUACACCCUGGCAAGGGCGUUAAAUCGGAUGUCGGAGUUCCUUCAACAGAAUUUUCGUCCACUGCAAAGAGAGCAGAAUAGGGUGGUGCAAGUCGGAUGCACUUAUGAGUGCUUCUUGGCUCAUAGAACACCUGCCUUCAUAGGUGUAGAGGAUCCACUUUGGGCCGAGAGGUGGAUUGAAGACCUCGAAAGGACCUUUGAAAUUUGUGGAUGCACCGAGGCUCAACAAGUGCUAUAUGCGAGUUAUCUGCUGCAAGGUGAUGUGGCUAAUUGGUGGAAGACCAAGAGAGAACUUUUAGUGAUGGAGUUGGGAUCAUUUGCGGCUAUGUCUUGGCGAUUCACUACCCACCUCAUUGCUACAGAAGAGAUGAGGGCCAAGCAUUUUCAGGAGGGCUCUCCUCCGAGUCAAAAGAGGCUAAGUGUUGCUAGUGAGGGAAGUAGUUCUGGGUUGCCACAGAAGUUUGUGCAGAGGGCUGGAACCCAAUCUCUGGCAGCCUCCAAUGUGCAUAUGGGAGGCCGAGUACCAGUUUGGGGAAGCCGUAGAGGUCGUCAUGGUGGUAAGAAUAAUCAAAAGCAAAUUGUCCAAGCUCGGGUGUAUGCGGUGACUCCUAGUAAUAUUGGUGGUGAGGUUCCAGAGACUCAACAUGCUGGAGUCAUGGCAGAUCUUGGGAAAGUUACCAGUAUCGUUCUAAACUUGGACCACACGAAGGUGCCGUCAAUCAAAUGGUAUCCGAAUGUGACUUUGUUCACCUUAUUCAAUGAACUGGAGGUUCUUGAUCUUAGCAGCAUCAACAUCGGAGGAGAGCUUCAAGCUUUUUGUGGACUGAAGCAAUUAAAAUAUCUAAGGAAGUUGUACCUUGGGAAUAACAGAUUGGAAGGUAAUAUUCCCUCUUGUCUUGAGAGGUUUGAAGACCUUGAUCUAUCGCAUAAUCGCUUGCAGGGCCGUUUACCUUCAUCGAUUUUCUCUAACAAGAGCAAGAUUACGAAAUUUAAAGUCUCUGGUAAUCGUAUAGAAGGAGUGUUAUCAUUUUCCAUAUUUGCCAAUGCUUCUAAUCUUAACUUACUCGAUCUCUCAAACAACGAGUUGGAAGUUGAAACAGAGUCUCCCUCCUGGGUGCCCACCUUUCAGCUAGGAUUUCUGAACUUGGCAAACUGCAACCUCAACAAGGAGAAUGGUCACGUUGUCCCAACCUUCAUAUCCACCCAAUAUUUAUUGUAUUUGCUAGACUUGUCACACAACUCAUUGGGAGGAAACAUGCCUUGUCAACUACUUUUCAACAUGAAUAUCACAAAUUUGUACUUGAGUGGCAACAAAAUCAAUGGUUCUUUCCAUGACUGCUCUACUAAUGGAAAUUCAUCACUUAAGUCGUUGGACAUAUCUGAUAAUCAUGUCAAAGGCUCUCUUCCAGAAAAUUUUGGAUAUCUUCUUCCCAGCUUAACUCUCGUUGACAUGUCCUCAAAUGCAUUAGAAGGCAACAUUCCCUGGUCCUUUGGUUAUCCGCCUCUCCAUUGGGUAGGCCUUUCUCAUAACAUUCUCUCAGGAACAAUACCACAGAGUUUGACUAGGACUGGCACGCAACUCUUAGUGCUAGAUUUAGCAAACAACAAAUUGCAAGGACAAAUGCUCCCAAAGGAUGCGAACAUGACAAUGUUGAGGACCUUACAUCUGAGUAGCAAUAACUUCGAAGGAGUAAUCUCCCCCACCAUCUUAAACAGUCCAAAUUUACUACUCCUAGAUGUUCGAGAUAACGACUUGUCCGGUAAUAUUCCAGAGUGGUUGUAUGAUCAUUCUCGCUUGGCAAUACUUAUUUUAAGUGGAAAUCGCUUUGAUGGUCACCUACCCCGAAGACUAUGUCGGAUGAAAACACUCCAAGUUUUUGAUAUAUCUUACAAUCGUCUUUCAAAAGGUAUUCCUUCCUGCCUUGAUAACAUUACUUUUUGGAACAAGAGUUCUCUAAGCCCUACUUACUGGAUGCCCUAUAUCAAAAAACUUGUUCUACAAUAUCUCUACCUAUUUAGAGAUCAGGAUGAUAUUCAGUAUAUCAUAGCAACGGAAACUCUGCCUUUGUUCAUAAAAAAUAGGUUAUAUACUUUCCAAGGUAUCCCUCUCCUGAUGAUGACUGCAAUUGACCUAUCAUCUAACCAGUUGACAGGUAGCAUUCCUUCUGAAAUAGGAGAAUUGUCACAUCUUCUAUUCUUGAACUUGUCGAAUAACUCUCUAACAGGUUCCAUUUCAAUCUCCUUUCGAAACCUGAGAAGCAUGGAGAGUUUGGAUCUUUCUCACAACAAGUUGAGAGGGAGAAUCCCUUUUGAAUUGGUUGGACUCACUUCUCUAUCUGUAUUUAGUGUUGCCUACAACAAUCUGUCUGGAAGAAUCCCAUUUGAGAAUCAAUUCUCAACUUUCACAAGCCAAUGCUAUGAGGGCAAUCCGGAACUCUGUGGAGACCCCCUGCCAAGAAAAUGCUCAACAACAAACCAAUCAGAACCUGAAGAAAAAGAAGGAACUAGAAUGAUUGAUCACCCUUUCUUCUUCUACGCAUUUGUAACUGUGUCGUAUGCACUCGGGUUUUGGGCUUUCUUUGGGAUCCUAAUCAUCAAAAAGAAUUGGAGGCACAAGUAUAAUAGAGUCGUGGAUGGAUAUAUUGAGUCUUUGUUUGAGUUGCUCUCUAAGUCUAGGUGAUUACCAAUCAAUUAUACGGCCAGUUUUAUGAAAUAUUUGUAUUUCAAAGUGUUGCUUAUCUUCAAUAAAAAUUUAGAACUUCUUGCUUA